CACUUCUCACACUGAUCUACACCGAUAGCAAAGAGCUUCAGCAAUUAUCUGUCGGCCAAGGUGUUAACCCUUACAGUAGGUGCAAGGCAGCCCCCGGGGGUGGGGGGAGUCGCCCUUCAUUCCAUUCUCCAGCCUUGCUCGAGUGGCUGAGACGGUGACCGCUGGCUGCCCGGAAGACCGAGUAUUAUUACUUCAGCAAAACUUUUUUGAGCGCUCCGCUCCGUUGCUUUCCCUGAUCAAUCAACUCUUUCCUGCCUGGUGGCGGUUCUCCAUCCCGACAUCUAAGGGUUAGACAUGCGUUAAACGAGCGGCCGAUUCGUUUUGUUAGAAUAAGAACCGAUGCACGCUUUUGGGACCGAUAGCUCGAUUGCUCGUUUGGACAUUAUUUAGAGGUGAGAAACUGAAAUCGCGUCCCUGAAAUGCCAUUGGGCGAUAUUAUGAGGUUAGACUUGGAGAAAAUCGCCCUGGACUACAUUGUACCUUGUUUGCGCGAUAUUGGCUUUUGCUACUUGGACAAUUUCUUGGGCGAGAUAAUAGGGGACUGCGUCUUGGAAUGUGUGAAACAGAUGCAUUAUAGAGGGGAGUUGCAGGAUGGGCAACUGGCCGGCCAGCGCCAGGGCAUCUCCAAGAGACACUUGCGAGGAGACCAGAUAAAGUGGAUCGCAGGCACCGAGGAAGGAUGCGAGGCCAUCAACUUUCUCCUGUCGCUGGUAGAUAGGCUGGUAAUGUUUUGUGGCAAUAGAUUGGGAAAAUAUUAUGUCAAGGAAAGGUCCAAGGCUAUGGUAGCUUGCUAUCCUGGGAAUGGAACUGGCUAUGUGCGUCAUGUGGACAAUCCCAAUGGAGAUGGGCGAUGUAUCACCUGCAUUUAUUACCUGAACAAAAACUGGGAUUCAAAGCUUCAUGGGGGGAUUCUACGAAUAUUCCCAGAGGGCAGGUCCUAUGUAGCUGAUGUUGAGCCCAUCUUUGACAGAUUACUUUUUUUCUGGUCAGACCGAAGAAACCCACAUGAAGUGCAGCCUUCCUAUGCAACAAGGUAUGCAAUGACUGUGUGGUAUUUCGAUGCUGAGGAAAGAGCAGAAGCCAAAAAGAAAUUCAAGAAUUUAGUUGAUGCAGGAAAGACAGAAGCAGUUCUCAGUGAAGACUGAAUAACAAAUGACUUGAUACAAUUUUUUUAUAAUGAUAAUUUUUGAACUAUUUGCAAGCAAUAAGAUCCAAAGAUUACAUGGUCUGUUUUUUAUGAUUAUUGGAUAUUCUUCAAUGCACUAUUUUUAACAUUAUCUAGAGUUUUCAUAUUACCAUGAUGGUACUCAUGACAGCUUCCAACACUUAUAUUUGGCAUAAGCACCCCUCUUCUUGCCUUUUAAUUGAAGAAUAUCACCAGAAUGAAGAAUAUCACCAAAUCUCAUUAUGAUAUCAAGGUGAAGAUGGCAAUACUAGUAAUAAAAAUACUGAACAUUUGAAACAAUUGGAGGAACCUGAGUCUAUAUGCACUUUAGUCACAUUUUCUGGUUUGGUGGAAAGGAACUUUACGAAGGAUCCUCACUGGCAGAUUGCAUAUGAGCAACACAAGCAAGCCAAGAUGCAAACCAGAACUGCACACUUGUCAGAAGCCAAAUUCAAUUGUGUCAGUGCAGACCAUUUGAUGGUGUGUCUCAUCAUUUUGCUUACAGACUUUUAUUGGCUUCUUUGGCCUGGUUCAUUGCCAAAUCGAAGCCUCCCACUUGCCAUAAAAUUGCCUGGAUUUUAUCCACAUUGUUCAAGCCAAACAACAGCAGUUCUAUCACUUUGCCUUUUAGAGCCCCCCAAACAGAAAUGUAGCUGUUGUGCACCUACCCGUAUUGUUCUUAAAAAAUAUUUCAUUGUGGGGUAGCUCUGGGAAUUAUUUUUAUCAUCUUUUAAAACUGUUUUGCAAAAUAGCUAGCCAGCCUCACCAGCUCCUGCCCAUUACAAACUUUGGGAAAUGUUAAUGGCAAUCUAAGAGCAAGUAUGCCAAGAAAUCAUCUAAUCAAAUUUCAUUUUCAUAGUUUUCAACUGAUCUUCCGCUAGUCACAUAU